AUGAAAACCAUUCCAACUUUUACCGACGAAAUCAUUCUUGAAAACGAUCGUGUAAAACUCAUUCCAUUGGAAGCAUCUCAUCUUGAAUUAUUGGAAAAGUACGCCAUUCAAGAGCCAGAAUUGUGGACAUACUCGCUGCAAUCCGGAGCUGGAACUGAAAACAUGAAAAAAUACAUUCAAGCUGCUUUAUCAGAUCGCGAAAAAGGCGUUUCUUAUCCUUUUAUCGUGUUUGACAAGCAAACGAACGAAUGGGCUGGCAGUACGCGAUUCUAUGAUUAUCAACCCGUUCACCAAACCGUUCAAUUGGGAUACACCUGGUAUGGAAAAAAGUUCCAUGGGACGGGAUUAAACAAAAACUGUAAAUUUCUCAUUCUAGAUUUCGCUUUUGAUCAACUUCAAUUGGAGCGUGUUGAAUUCAGAGCUGACAAUAACAAUGCACGCAGUAUUGCUGCGAUGAAAAGCAUCGGUUGUGUUCCAGAAGGUGUUUUAAGAAGCAAUUGUACCGAUGGGCAGAUCCGUCGAGACAGCAUUGUAUUGAGUAUCCUCAAGUCAGAAUGGUACAACGACGUGAAAACCAACCUCCUCAACAGAAUUUCAGGAUAG